UACGUUUUUGUCUUGGGUGGCACACUUAUCGAUUUGUUUUUGGAGUUUCCGGGAAUCUUGUUGAUCUCCUGUUUCAUUUUCAAUUUUAAGGGUACCAGAAAAGAACUGGAGCAUGCUCUUCGUACAUCGACUACUGUCUAUGUAGGAAACUUGUCAUUUUACACCACUGAAGAUCAGAUUUUUGAAUUGUUCACCCGUGCUGGGGAUGUCAGGCGUGUUAUCAUGGGUCUCGAUCGCUACAGGAAAACUCCAUGCGGUUUCUGCUUCGUCGUGUAUUAUACUCGUGAUGAAGCCGAAAAUGCUGUACGUUUCCUGAAUCGCACUACACUGGAUGGGCGCGUAAUUAGGGUUGAUUUCGAUGCGGGAUUUAAGGAAGGACGUCAAUACGGGCGUGGAAAACACGGUGGACAGGUCCGUGAUGAAUACCGCGAGACCUUCGAUGCUGAUCGUGGCGGAUAUGGCAGGGACAAGCAGGAUAGGGACGAGUAUCUCAAAAAUCUUGAUAGUGGUUAUGACGGACUGUACAGCGCCAGGAAUGAUGAUGAAUAUCGCGAGAGCUACGAUGCUGAUCGUGGCGGAUAUGGCCGGGACAGGCAGGAUAGGGACGAGUAUUCCGAUAAUGGUGGCACAAGUUAUGGAGGACAGUACGCCAACAGGAUGAAAAGGUCGUCUCGCAGGAGCUACGACGCCGACGAUGACAGCAGUGAAGAUGAGAAAAAGAAGCGUGAGAAAUUCUGA